GUCCGCGCGGUCGCGUUCGGUACUCGAGUCCGGUUCGCCGAAUCACGUGCAUCCCCGACGAAGGGAACAAGGCGAGUGUGUCACUCGAGCAACGUCACCAUUCUUUCGUCCACGAGAUGUGUGAAAGUCCUCCAGGAUUACCGCUGCAGCUGGAUCCAUGAUUGUGGCAAAAUGGUGGAUCGGCAAAAGGCACUUCUGAUGGUAUUACUGGCGCUCCUGAUUUAUCCGAACGAUAUCUUUGGAGGCGCUUUUCAACCCGAAUUCUCCGGUCCUAUCACCAAUCUAACCGUGCCACUGGGGAGAGACGCCACUUUCACGUGUCUGGUGAAACAUCUAGGAGGUUACAGGGUCGGUUGGGUAAAGGCGGACACGAAGGCGAUUCAGGCGAUACACGAUCACGUGAUCACGCACAACCAGAGGAUAUCCGUGUCCCAUAGCGACCACAGUAUGUGGAAUCUUCACAUCAAGGGCGUUCAGAAAGAGGACGGCGGUCUUUACAUGUGUCAGAUCAAUACGGAUCCCAUGAAGAGUCAGACAGGUAUGCUGUCGAUUGUCGUGCCACCCGAUUUCGAUCCUGAAGCUACAUCGAGUGACAUGAUGGUAGGCGAGGGUGGCCAGGUGAAGUUAACGUGCCGGGCGAGAGGCGUACCCGAGCCGCGCGUAUCCUGGCGCCGAGAAGACGGCAGGAACAUUAUAAUUCGGGAGCCAUUUGCAGGAAGCGCCCCGAACCAGAAGUCUCAAGUGUCUCCGAUGUCCGAGUUUUUGGGCGAGGAGCUGAAGCUGACGAAGAUCUCGAGAAACGAGAUGGGGGUUUAUCUGUGCAUCGCCAGCAACGGGAUUCCGCCCGCGGUCAGCAAACGUAUUUAUAUCAACGUACAUUUUCCGCCGGUGAUUCACGUGCCCAAUCAGCUGGUCGGCGCGCCUUUGGCGACCGACGUGGUCCUAGAAUGUUUCGUUGAGGCGUCCCCAAUGUCGAUUAAUUACUGGGUCAAGGACCCGAAGGGUGCGAUGAUAAUAACCAGCGUCAGACACGACGUGCAAACGGUCCCGAAGUCACCGUUCGAGGUCCGGAUGAUCCUCACCAUCCGGAACCUGCAGAAACAGGACGUGGGAACGUACCGGUGCGCGGCCAAAAAUUCCCUCGGCGAGGUCGAGAGCAGUAUUCGAUUAUACGAAAUCUCUGGCCCGACGAAGACGCAAACUGCGUGGCCGCCGUUCUACGACGAGGAGGACGAAGUGGUUUACGGCUCGGCGGAGGUGGACAAGACGGAGAACAAGCCGCUGGCGGUGGACAACACGGUUCACGGUCACGUGGGUUAUCCGUCGCCCGUCACGCCGUCGUCGACGGUCCGCGUCGGCAAAAAACGACCGGCCAUUAACGUCAAUUCGGCCGCCGAUUCCCAUCGACGUGGGCUGUCCAUCGUCCUGUCACCGCUGGUCCCGCUGAUGAUCGUUUGUCGCGGAUGGUGGUGGUGGUGGUGGUGAUGAUGGUGAUGAGAAAAACGGAGGAGAGAGUCGGGGAAUUUUCAAAGGACCAGGCACGCGCCAAGUUGGUGCUCGCGAUCGCACGUCGGUCUUUUUGUGGUGGCGCGAUUUUUCGAGCGUAAUCCUCACUUUCGAGGACGAAGGUUCUGCGAUCAACGUUCAGGGAUGGGAAAACGCCCGCUCGAAAUCCGAAGUUGUUUCUAUAUUGCAGGUCACUGCAAUGCUGCAGCGAGUUUCGCGUGGAAGAGAAAUAUGUUUGUCCAACGCCCUUUAUCAUCGGCUGAGCACUCGGAUUUUCAAGAGAGAGAGAUCCGAUGCCAUUUUCAAAGCAAAUUGGUUUGAUCCUAUCUGAUCAGUAAGAUAAAGUCGCGUGAUAAAGUGAAUCAUACGUUACGUUGCGAACUUUAUGCCCGGUAGUCGGCUUCGCGAAACGAAAGCUUCAAUCUACAUUGGGUGUUCAAGCAGCUCGCAGCAAAAGCAACUUCGAAUGGGCUUAAAUCGCCGCUGCCGCCGCCGACGAUGUAUCGUCUUCCCUGAGUGGCUUAUUCGUAAUUCAUAGACUUAAUAUCAAUGGAUCGGAAGCUCGCGGAAGGGAUGAACCACGUGGGUCCGAAGACAGGAAUUUACAUCGCGGGAUCUUGUGUAUCUUGAUCGUUGUACUUGGUGAUAUACUUGGAUCGAAGAACCGAUCGGUGAGUGCUAAAUUAAUUAAAUUCAGGGGUCAAAUUCGGUAUACUUAAGGUCAGUUCUAUUUUCGAUACUAUUAUUGAACUUUUAUCGAAAUAAUGUCCUAGAUUAUUUUUAUUCCUACACAGUUGAAAAAUUUCUGUUAAAUUCAACAGAUUUCACAUGUCCCAAACAAUCCACAGAAAUGUUGGUGUUAAUUUAACAUAAUAUGUUAAAUGGAGACACAAGUAGUGUGUUAA